AUGGACAAAGACUGGAGCUCGGAUGGGCUCCCGCAAUACAGCCAAGUCGAUCAGUUCGCCCAUGUCCAUCGCCGGCGUCAUUUUAAGCGACGAGUGAUCAGACUCUUGGUUCUGGCUUGCGUAGGAUAUGCCAUCUUCACCCACUGGCAAAGCUCCAACCACACGACCUUGCUAUCAACGGAACGUCUGCAAAGCGACUAUGCAACUUGUGCCUCGCUUCGCCAAGUCCCGAGCGAUCCAAGCGGUCAUCGUGAGCGCAAUGCUCGGUUCGUUGAUGGACAGAAACCCAUCUUGAUCCGCAAUGCGACUGUUUGGACCGGAGAGCCAAGCUCUGAAGUAUCUCCAGAAGAGGCUAGGAAGGGCAAAGGCUAUAGCUGGGUUCGAUCUGACGUUCUGCUACAAGACGGACUGAUUAAAAGUGUCAAGUCUGUCAUCCUCGACUCUGAACUGCCGGGCGACAUUGAGGUCAUCAAUGCUCAUGGGAGACCACUUACCGCUGGGAUCAUUGACAUGCACAGUCACACUGGCGUGGACAGUCUCCCCUCGCUCGAAGGCGGCGAAGAUACCAAUGAACUAUCGAGUGACAUCACGCCAUUUGUACGGUCUCUGGAUGGCUUCAACCCACUGGAUCCUCAGAUUCAAGUCAUCAAGUCCGGAGGAGUGACUACUUCGCUGAUUCUGCCUGGCAGCGGCAAUAACAUUGGCGGUGAGGCGUACGUGAUCAAGCACAGUGUCGGCAAGAAGAAUGGAAGACCCGAGCUCAGCAUCCAAGACCUAUUGGCGGAUCCUGAUCGUAACUGGCGCUACAUGAAGAUGGCUUGCGGCGAAAAUGCAAAGAGUGUCUAUGGACGUGUCGGUCGCAACUUUGGUCCUUUCUCGCGAUUGGGAGAAGCCUGGUACUUUAGACAUGCUUUCGAAGAAGCAACGAAACUCAAGAAUGCCCAGGACGACUGGUGUGCCGCCGCUGAUCGUUUUGGUGCUGAGAACAUGGACUCCUAUCUCCCCACUGAUCUUAAGUGGGAGUCUUUGUCUGCAGUUAUGCGUGGCCAGGUCAUGGUCAACACUCACUGCUACACCAUUCCAGAUCUUGAAAGCUAUAUUGGCUACACUAAUGAGUUCAAGUUCCCGAUUCGAGCGUUCCACCAUGCUCAUGCCACAUACCUCGUGCCUGAGGUGCUCAAAAGGGCAUAUGGAGGAAGGCCGCCUGCUGCUGCGCUGUUUGCGGACAACAUGUACUACAAGACAGAAUCUUACGUCGCUUCUGAGCAAGCCGGCAAGGUUUUGUAUGAAGCCGGUCUCACUCCUGUAUAUGUUAGCGACAACCCCGUCCUCAACGCCCAGCACGUAGUUCUCGAAGCAGCAAAAGCAUACAAGAAUGGCCUACCUUACCACGCUGCACUGGCUGGCGUUACCAGUGCUUCUGCCGAGCUUCUAGGUCUAGGUGAGAGAGUCGGCAAGGUCAAGCCUGGUUUUGAUGGCGAUGUUGUGCUUUGGGACUCGGAUCCACUUUCUCUGGGCGCUACACCACUUCAAGUCUUCAUUGACGGCGUUCCUCAAUUCGAUGCCCGUUUCAACCUGACUAAGCCGCUCACGCCGCCUCUCGAACACUUCGAGUACCAAGACCAUGAGCAGAAGUCUACAGAGAACGGGAAAGUUGUCCUCACGGGCGUCAAGGCAAUUCAGCUUCCAGGUCAUGAGCAAGUCCUCGAGUCAUCGACCAAUGUUGUUGUCGCUAGCGGCAGCAUUACUUGCAUUGGCGAAUGCGCAGCUGAAGUCUCCUCCUCGAACAAGGUCAUCGGCCUCGAGAAUGGCUACAUCGCCCCGUCUUUAACAGCCUUCGGAUCCCUCCUCGGCCUCGAAGAAAUCAGCGCCGAAGACGACACAUCAGAUGGCGCGAACAGCCAGGACUCCUUCAGCGCAGCAAUCGACGGUCUUACCUUCGAGGGCAAAAACAUAGAAGCCGCCUACGCCCACGGCGUCACAAAAGCCAUCACCGCGCCCAAAUUCGGAUACUCCGGGCACAAAGGCCUCAGCGCCGGCUUCAGACUCGGCGCCAACCACGCUCUCGAGAAAAACGCCGUCUUCAACCCCACCGUCGCCCUGCACUACACCCUCACCCUCUCCGCCAAACAAGGCAAAACCCCCACCCUCUCCAGCGCCAUCGACGACCUCCGCACCAAACUCCUCAAACCCCUGCACUCCCCCAAGAAACCCUCCGAAAAGUCCCUCGAAAACGUCCUCGCCGGCACCCUGCCCCUCGUAAUCGACGUCCACUCCGCCGACACAAUCGCCUCCCUCCUCCGCCUCAAAGCCGAAAUCGACGCCGCCAUCCACGCAAACAACACCCUCCCCCUCACCACCACCCCAAAACUCAACCUUAUCCUCUUCGGCGCCGCAGAAUCCCACCUCCUUGCCCCCGCCCUCGCCUCCGCAAACGUCUCCGUCAUCCUCUCCCCCCUCUUCUCCUACGCCACGACCUGGGAACAACGCCGCGCCCUAACCGGCGCGCCUCUGACGAACGGCACCGCCAUCGACGUCCUCCACGCCGCCGGGGUCAAAGUCGCCAUCGGCGUCGACGAGGACUGGGAAGCCAGGGAUUUGUAUUUACAGGCCGGGAUCGUGGCCGCGAAUAGUCAGGGGAGGAUCAGUGAGAGGGAGGCACUGGGGUUGGUGUCGAAGGGGAUUUUUGAGGUGUUGGGGUUGCAAGAAGACGAGGGGAGUGAGAUGGCGGAGUUUGUGGUGUUUGAGGGGAAUCCGCUGACGACAAGGAGUCGGGUGAGGGCUGUGGCGGAUGGGAGGGGGGGUCUUACUGUUUGGUCUUGA